GUUGUUGCGGAUGCUGUCGUUACAGUUUAGUCUCUCUUUCUCUCUCUCUCUCUCCCACCCUCACCCUUUUGCUGCACUCCACUCAUCUCUCUCUCAUAUGUCUUUACAUUUCUCUCUCAUGUCGUCGUAUCUGUAACUCCAGAAGAAGCUGAUUUCCUUCCCUUCAUACAACACACUUCCGAUAUUACUCUCUCCCUCCUUAUCCGCCAUUAUUCCGAUUCUCAUAACUUCAUCCUCAUUCCGCCAAAUCUACUUCUGUUUCUGAUUUAAUGUAAUGGAAUCUCCACCACCACCACCAGCAUCAACCAUGGAGGAUUGUUGCGUCAAAGUAGCCGUACACAUUCGACCGCUUAUCGGUGACGAAAAGCUUCAAGCCUGUAAGGAUUGUGUCGCCGUUGUUCCAGGAAAACCUCAGGUGCAAUUAGGUACACAUUCUUUUACUUUUGAUCAUGUGUAUGGUAGCACCGGAACUCCAUCGUCUUCCAUGUUUGAAGAGUGUGUUGCUCCUCUUGUUGAUGGUUUGUUUCAAGGAUAUAAUGCUACUGUUCUCGCUUAUGGCCAGACCGGUUCGGGCAAGACAUACACCAUGGGUUCUGGCUGCAAAGACGGUUCCCAAACCGGCCUUAUUCCUCAAGCGAUGAAUGCUUUAUUUAACAAGAUCGAAAGUUUAAAAGACCAGAUAGAAUUCCAGUUACAUGUUUCUUUCAUUGAGAUUCUAAAAGAAGAAGUACGCGACUUGCUGGAUCCAAACUCGAGUAACAAAUCUGAGACACCAAAUGGUCAACCAGGAAAAGUCAACAUACCCGGGAAGCCACCGAUACAAAUUCGUGAAAAUUCAAACGGUGUCAUAACACUUGCCGGAUCUACUGAAUGUAGUGUACAAACACUAAAAGAAAUGGCUGAUUGUUUGGAGCAUGGAUCGUUGAGCAGGGCAACCGGGAGUACAAAUAUGAAUAACCAGUCAAGCCGUUCACAUGCUAUAUUCACCAUCACAGUUGAACAGAUACGCAAAACAAAUUCUGGUGAUAAUAAUUUGAAUGAAUCUAUGAGUGAUGAGUAUCUUUGUGCUAAGUUGCAUUUAGUGGAUCUUGCUGGAUCAGAACGGGCUAAAAGAACAGGUUCAGAUGGCAUGCGAUUCAAAGAAGGGGUUCAUAUUAACAAGGGCCUUCUUGCGCUCGGAAAUGUCAUUAGUGCUCUUGGCGAUGAAAAGAAACGGAAAGAAGGUGCUCAUGUUCCAUAUCGUGAUAGCAAACUUACGCGCCUCUUACAGGAUUCACUUGGUGGAAACAGCAGAACUGUUAUGAUUGCUUGCGUUAGUCCGGCUGAUAUAAACGCUGAGGAAACUUUGAACACGUUAAAGUAUGCUAAUCGUGCAAGGAACAUUCAAAAUAAGCCGGUGGUGAACAGAGAUCCAAUGUCAAGUGAAAUGUUAAAAAUGAGACAACAAUUAGAGUGUUUGCAGGCAGAACUUUGUGCUCGUGGUGGUGGUUCAACACUUGAAUUACAGGCAUUAAGGGAGAAGAUUUCUUGGCUUGAAGCUACUAAUCAGGAUCUUUGUCGGGAACUUCAUGCUUACAGAAGCCGAGGCAUUGCCAUUCAUCAUUCUGAAAUGAAUGAUAAUCAAGUUGAUGAUUCUUUUUGCAUGGAAAAUGAAGUGCUAAGAAAAAGUGUUGAUUCGUCUGAUUAUCAAAUGAGUGAAAACGGGGAUUCUGCGGUUAUAGAUGAAGCAGCAGCAAAAGAGUGGGAGCACACUCUUCUACAAGACUCCAUGGAUAAAGAACUACACGAGUUGAAUAAACGUUUAGAGCAGAAAGAGUCGGAGAUGAAACUUUUUGGUGGAUAUGAUACAAUGACCCUUAAGCAACAUUUUGGGAAGAAAAUAAUGGAACUCGAGGAAGAAAAACGGGAAGUACAGAAAGAGAGGGACCGACUGCAGACGGAAAUCGAAAAUCUUUCAUCUACUGCAGACGGGCAAACGCAAAAAUUGCAAGAUUUGCAUUCCCACAAGUUGAAAUCACUCGAGUCGCAAAUUCAGGAUCUCAAGAAGAAAAAAGACAGUCAAGUAAUCGUUACGAAGCAAAAGCAAAAGAGUGAUGAAGCAGCAAAAAAGUUGCAAGAUGAGAUACAAUACAUCAAGGCACAAAAGGUUCAACUACAACACAGAAUCAAGCAAGAAGCUGAACAAUUUCGACAAUGGAAGGCAUCUCGAGAAAAAGAAUUACUCCAGCUAAAGAAAGAAGGGCGGAGGAAUGAAUAUGAGAGGCACAAAUUGCAAGCUCUAAAUCAACGCCAGAAAAUGGUUCUUCAAAGAAAGACAGAAGAGGCUGCAAUGGCUACAAAGAGGCUCAAAGAAUUACUAGAGGCCCGGAAGUCAACCCGUGACAACUCAGUGACUAGCCCUGGAAACGGAACAAAUGUACAGAGUAACGAGAAAUCAUUGCAGCGUUGGCUUGAUCAUGAGGUGGAAGUAAUGGUGAACGUUCAUGAAGUUCGACAUGAAUAUGAGAAACAAAGCCAAGUCCGUGCUGCACUGGCUGAGGAGCUAGCUGUUCUUAGACAAGUGGAUGAAUUUGCUUCUAAAGGAAUUAGUCCUCCGAGAGGAAAAAAUGGUUUCUCUAGGGCUUCAUCGUUGUCACCUGAAGCUAGAAUGUCAAGAAUAUCUUCAUUAGAGAGCAUGUUAAGCAUUUCAUCAAACUCACUUGUGUUCAUGGCUACACAACUCUCUGAAGCUGAAGAACGAGAACGUGCUUUUGCCAAUCGUGGCCGUUGGAAUCAGCUUCGUUCAAUGGCUGAUGCCAAAAACCUGCUUCAAUAUAUGUUCAAUUCUCUUGCAGAUGCCAGGUGCCAAUCAUGGGAGAAAGAUAUCGAAAUGAAGGAAAUGGAAGAACAGUUACAAGAGCUCGUCGGUUUAUUAAGUCAGAGUGAAUUAAGACGAAAGGAAGUCGAAAAGGAGCUCAAAGUACGGGAACAACAAGCUGUCUCGAUCGCAUUGGCUUCAUCAGCUUCGGGUAACUCUCACAAUUCACUGAAACAUGUGGCUGAUGAAAAGAGUGGUCCGUUAUCUCCAAACUCCGUUCCGGUACCCAAACAGCUGAAAUACACAGCGGGCAUAGUUAACGGUUCAGUGAGAGAAUCAGCAGCCUUUACUGACCCAAAACGAAAGAUGGUACCCAUGAGCCAGCUGUCGAUGAAGAAGCUGGGCCAGCUGGCACUGGUGGGCCAUUCCUCGGGGAAACUGUGGAGGUGGAAAAGGAGUCAUCAUCAAUGGCUAUUACAGUUCAAAUGGAAAUGGCAGAAACCAUGGAGACUUUCGGAGCUCAUCAAACACAGUGACGAAACAAUCAUGCGAUCGAAACCUCGUCCGCUGCCAGCUUCUUCUGAAAUCAUGUACCAUAGACAUUAAGUUUAAAUAUAUAUAUAUAUAUAUUUCUAUUGUAUAUUCGUUCGUCUUUCACCACGCGUUCAACUCCAACAUAAAGUAUAGCGACGAUUAUGGAAAUAAGCGCAGUGUGAUAUUAUAAGGUGACGUGUUGUGUGCUUGUAGAUGGUUGUUUGAUGUGCUGAUCUGGAAUAGGUAAGUUUAUAGUAUUGAAACAUAGCUAGCUGCUGGGGCUGCUGCAUCUUGUGAUAUGGGAGAUUUAUUUCAUGGACCCUUUUUGAUGUCUUUCCCCAGAUGAAAUAGUGUGUUGAUGUGUUUUCUGGUUUGAAUUUUUGGAAACAUAAGUGUUGUUGGUAGUUGUAUUGCUAAUUUGUUUCUAGGCAAUUGUUGUGUGAGUGCAGAAGAUAGUGAUUUUGUUGGAAACUGUUAAGACAUUUAUUAACAAUGGCAGAAAAUACAUAUUUGUAAUGUUUGCUUACAAUACUCUCCAUUUUAAUUUUUCAA